UAUCUUUAAGCCUGUCCUUUUAUUGUUCUCCCUUCCUUUUCUUUGUUUUGUUCCUCAAAAGUUACUGUUUUUUAUAAAUAAUUUCCCUUUAAGCUGAACUGGUUACUUAGUACGUGUAUCUGUAUGUAAUCCUUGGUGCUUUGAAUCCAGAAAAUAUAGGAAAUAUUCAUGGCAUCAUGGCUGCAAAUCGAGAGUCAUGCCUCAGUGCUGCUUCAAGUCACUCACUCCAACCUCAAAAGCUUCGCCGCUGACAUUCGCUUCUCUCUUCAGAUGAGCGUGGAAGCAGUGAAAGAUAAGGUAUGGAAGAAAUGUGGGACUUCGGUAAAUUCAGUGCGGUUAGAGCUAUAUGAUGAUUGUAAAAAUAAACUUUUUGAUUUAAGUGAUGAGUCAAGACCUCUCGGUUUCUAUUCUCCACUAGAUGGGUUCCGAAUACACAUUAUAGAUCUUGAUCCUUCAUCCGUAACUUCGGGAGGGUGGCUUGAAGAUACGUCAUUAGUCGAGAAGUACUCGAUUUCUGAAGAUGAAUACAAUAAACGUUCCGGUACAUUUAGGAAAUUUAAGGAACAAAUGGCAAAUCCAUCAGCAUUCAGGAACAAAAUAAAUGUCAGAUUACUACAUGGAAGACCUCUGCACAAAUAUCAAGGUAGGAGAUAGAUGUGAAGUUGAUCCAGGGGAGAAAAGAGGUGUCGUCAAAUAUGUGGUCAAGCAGAAGCAUUAGGGCCAGGCUUUUGGAUUGGAGUUCAAUAAGAUGAACCGUUGGGAAAACAUGAUGGAAUAGUGAAAGGAACUCGGUAUUUUCAAUGCCCUCCACUUUGCGGUGCAAUGGUUAGGCCUGACAAAGUAAAGGUUGGUGACUAUCCUGAACGAGACCCCUUUGAAGAGGAUGAGAUAUGAUGUGAUUGCGAAAGGAUCUGGAGAGAGGAGAUGCAGCUGGUACCUGGGCAAGGCCAUUAUCCCUGAAGAAGUGGACAAGUAAUGUGCAACCAUACUGCACAAAAUUCCAUUGUUUAACACUACACAUCGCAUAUACUGAGGAGCAGGAGGCAAAGAAAAGAAGCUGGCCUUUGGACCUGAAUCCUGCAUAAAAAAAGGGAUAUGAUGAUCAACAUGGGAUGCUGAUGGAUGGUAUUUACAAGGCCACUGGUUAAGCAAAGCAAAAGCAAAGCUUAGCUUGUACGUGGUGGUGGUGGAAUUGUGGGAGGGAAACAUCUGCAAAGAUGACAAAUACAGGAGGAAGCAAAAUUCUCAAACAAUACCAUUUCAGAUGACAAUCAAAGAUGAUAUCUUCUAUUGUUAGGUAGGUUAAAGGCUUAAAGCUAUCAUAGAAUACUCUACUUACUGUUAUAUAUAGUUUCUACAAUAAUAUAUAUUUAUUUAUCAAGGUAGGAACUCUGCUCUCUUCUCCUCUUCUCAUGCAUUAUCAAAUUUGACCAGACUUCUAAUUUCAAUGUUAUUCGAAAAUAAUAACUUAUAAAAUUAAUAUAACUUGGAAGCCACUAUUUUCAAUUUUAAGUUAUUGUAAUAAUAAUCAUGUUAAUUGAACUGAAUUAGGAUUGAA